AGCACCAAGAACAAUCCUAUUCUCUGUUAAAUCGUAUCCGAGUUUUAGAAGAUGAAAUUAAAGAACUUGUACAAUAUAAAUCAAAUCAUGAAGAGCAACAGGUUAACUUUGAAAGUCAGUUAAAUGAUAAAACGUGUCAAGCUCAAGCUUUUGAAGAAAAAUUUGUAAAAUUGAAAGAAAUUUAUGCAAAACUACGUGAAGAACAUGUUGUUCUAUUAAGAAAUUAUGGGAAUGUACAACAAACUUUACAACAAGAAACAGAAAAGAAUAAAGAUUUAGAAAAAGCACUUGAAGAUCUACGUAACCAAGAGAAAUCGUCAUCAAUAGAGAAUGCAGAAUCUCUAGUACUAUCCGAACAAAAGUAUACCAGUUCUGUAGAUCAGCUUCAAUUAGAAUUGAAUAGUAUCAUCGUUGAAAAGGAUCAUCUCAUUCAAGAG